GCUCACGUGACUCACGUGACGGUCCCUCAUUAACCUAUAUCGCCAACUCCGAAACCCUAAUUCCCAAAUUGCGGAGGCUGAGAGAUCUCAAAUCGACCAACAGAAUGAGCAGCCGUUCGAGUAGAACCGUGUAUGUCGGAAACCUUCCUGGCGAUAUCCGUGAGAGAGAGGUUGAAGAUUUGUUCAGUAAGUAUGGACCUGUUGUUCAAAUUGAUUUGAAGGUCCCUCCAAGGCCUCCUGGUUAUGCUUUCGUUGAGUUUGAUGAUGCUCGGGAUGCUGAAGAUGCUAUUCAAGGUCGGGAUGGCUAUGACUUUGAUGGGCAUCGUUUGCGGGUGGAAUUGGCGCAUGGUGGGAGGCGUUCAUCAGAUGAUACUAGGGGUAGUUUCAAUGGUGGUGGCCGUGGUGGUGGACGUGGCCGCGGUGAUGGCCGUGGUGAUGGUGGUAGUCGUGGCCCAUCUAGGAGAUCAGAGUUUCGUGUUCUGGUGACAGGCUUGCCUUCUUCUGCUUCUUGGCAAGAUCUCAAGGAUCACAUGCGUAAAGGAGGGGACGUCUGUUUCUCGCAAGUGUACCGUGAUGGUAGAGGUACAACUGGAGUUGUGGAUUACACCUGCUACGAGGACAUGAAGUAUGCGGUGAAAAAGCUCGACGACACAGAGUUUCGAAAUGCGUUUUCUCAUGGAUAUGUUCGGGUUAGAGAAUACGAUUCAAGGAAGGAUUCUAGGAGUCCUAGCCGGGGAAGAUCCUAUUCUAGGAGUCGCAGCCGCAGCCGCAGCCGUGGGCGAAGCUUGAGCCGAAGCAGGAGCAGGAGCAGGAGCAGAAGCAGGAGCAGGAGCAGGAGCAGAAGUCCAAAGGCAAAGUCUUCACGUAGGUCCCCUGCAAAAUCUACAUCAAGAUCUCCUGGCCCCCGCUCGAAGUCAAGGUCACCGUCUCCAAGAAGAUAUGGAUUUACAUACAAUCGACUAGAAAAUGGAAAUUAAUAUCUGGAUGGAAAUUCUUGAUUGUUGACAAGUGUUUCGUCUAAGAGAUGGAUAACAGUGGAGACAUUGGAUCACUUGGAUCACAAUAUUAUAUCGGGAAUUCAGUAAAACUAUAUUGGCUCGUUGGAUGAUGACAAUAUGGAAUCUGGGUUCUCUUGGGACGUCCAUGGCUCAUUUGGCAACAGAAGUUGUUUUGGCCACAUGGCUUAUAAUACCUCUGUCCUAUGUUUUAACUAAGUAGCAGAAUAGUUUGGUCUAAGUUACUUCUUUUUAUUUGUUGCUACUUCUUAAUCUAUGUGAGAUAGAAGAAGAGGCAUGAAGGACCUUGGCUGAACGGUAUUAAACACAACAUGUUUGGAUUUUUGAAUCUGACUUUGUUUU